ACGUUUACUCUACUGCACCGAAACAUAAGGGUAGGGAAUGCAGUGUUUUAAAUUUGAUUUGUUUGAAUGUUCCGCACUGUGAAAAAUUAAAACGCCAGGGACGCGUUCUUUAACACAGACAAAAGACAUUGAAAAAGACUGUGGACUUGGGUGUUAUCGGCAAACCUCGAUUGAACAUGCUAUCGACACAUAUUGGACACUUAUCAAUAUCUGAAUUGAUAACAGCAAGUUACCACGCACCUGUCCCAGGCAAAUCCGGAAGGUAAAACGAAGAGAAACACAACCGGGUGUUGUCCUUACAAGACGCCAGCGAAAAAAGGGUGAAGAAAAUAAUUCCAGUGGGAAGUGAUCAUGGAUCGCCAAGACUACACGCGCGACUGGUACCGCAGUCAGGAUUUUCAGUCCCCGGAUAUGGUUGAAAUGAGGGAUAUGCGACAACCUAGGCCUGUGCAGGGUCGUAUGUACCCACCCAGUGAUUUCGGAGACUACAGGAGGCCUACACACGAAGAGCCGUCUCCUGAUUACAACCACGCGGUCCACCACAUAGACAAACGAUACAUACCGAUGCCUGGAAUAGCCGUAGCAAGAACCCGGAACAGCUUUGCGGGUAUAAGUGAAAAUCAAAGAUAUAGUCAAAAUGGCGUCAUUAACAGGAACGAGGCUUUCGAGAAUAGGGGAUAUGUGGGAAAUGAUAAUCCGCGAUAUCCCGCCCCACGUGGAAUCCUCUCGGAGCAGCGACGCCCGACCAGCAUUGAUUCCAAACUCCCCGGGGACGCCUACAUUAAAUAUGACGGGAACAGGUAUACGACGUCUGAAUACAACCAUUAUAGUGAACCGGGCGGGGCAAAAACACAACCAUCUUGGAUAAUGAAAGCGCUUCCUUACAAAGAGGAGAAGCUCGAAAAACGCAAACCAGUAUUUACAAGUGGUGUUUUGGCGCGUUUAAUAGUGAUUGUGUGUAUCGUUUGGGAUUUGUGUAUGGAUUGGUUAAUAGUCAGUGCUGGAGAGAAAAACAAGUACUUUACGUUUGAUUCCUCUGAUGAAAAAGGACCAAUAUGUUACGUAAAUGAAAAGGUUUUUAUAGCGUUUGGAAACGAUACCCAAACUAGAAAUGCUACCUUAGGGUUAUGUGAAACGGAAAAUAUAUCGAAGAUGUGGAAAGCUUUGGUUGCGUUUUCUUUGAUUGGGUCCCUACUCGCAAUCAUUCAGAUUAUCAACAUUGGAUGCGAGAUGAUCAGUACCUGUAAACCGGGAGUGUUCCAAGUUUUACACGCACAGAGCGAAGUGCUGCUGGUCUUAUUUUUCGAAGAGCUUCCUCAAAUUGGUAUGACGCUCUCGUUCUUCGGUGUAUGUAAAUGCGACGAAGGAGAACCUCUUGCCUUGUAUGGGCUUUUGAGCGUCAUCAGCGCUACUGUCUCUUUGACAGCGCGAUACGCCACUAGCUUUACCGGACUCGCAGAAGCAGGUGGAUGUUGCAACACAUGGUGGCGUUGCGGCUGCUGCAAGAAUCCCGAUUAUUGCUGUCGAAUUCGGCCAAGAGAAUUGUGUUGCACGUGCAACGUGCCCUGUCCGCUAUGUUGCUGUACGCUGUAUUGCAGAAGCUGUAAAUGGUCGCCACAGACAUGGUGUGCCCCGCUCAUGAAGGCUUUCUCAUGUUUUUGCCAUUGUUGCCAGUCGGAUGACGACAUGUACGGUAUAAGAAUGGUUAACAAUUUGGGAAUUUUAGUUCUGUGGUUUUGCUCCAGCCUCCAAAUUGCAAUAUACGUCAUCACUUUCUUGUAAUACAGUAUAACAGUGAUCUGUGAGCAGAGCACAUUAUGUUAAGACAUGCAUGUAAGCUUUUGUGCUUACAGACAAAUAAUAAUUGAUGAUUCGAUUAAAAAAGAGUAAUAAGGGCACAGUUCGGCGACACAAAAAUUGACACCUCUUGAUCCAAUUGCGUCUCUUUAAACCAUUUAGUGAAUACCAUAAAACAGAAAAUAGAUCUACAAGAACUUCUAACCUGCCAAUCAGCAUGGACAAGGAAGUCAUGGUUCCAAUCAUUUCGAAAAGUUUCUAUUAGUAUUAAAAAUCCAUUUAGUUUACCUUUACAUCUGCAACCUGUAUUCGAUCGAGUAUUACAGAUAGACAUUGUCGAUUCAUUUAAAUGUUUAUUUAGUAUUUUAGGUAAUAUCAGUUAAGGAUUUACGUAAAACGAAUUGCUGGUUAUUUACAUGUUUUUAAGUUUUUGUAUUUAACGCAUAAGAAUGGUUAACUUAAAGAAAUCUGGUUAUUUCGUUUUGUAUAGCCAUACACUUCAUCACCUUUUUUAUAUCUUAUUCAGUAUUAUUUUGUUAACAGAGUGCAUAGUUAAAAUCUGAAUAUGUAACUUUUUUGCGUGCAGCCGAAGAACUCGAAAGAAGAGCAGUGUCAUAAAUAUUAAAUUCUUCUUGUGGACAUUAUGUGGACACAGCCAACUCCUCGUUGUCAAAUGCGCGUCUUUAUCUAUCUAUAUUUUUUUGUGUACCAUAAACUUCUUUUAAAAAAAUGCAAACUGCCAAUCAGGAGUACAUGUAACUAGGAAGUUACGAAUUCAAUGAUUUACGGACAGUGCUUAAAGCAGUUCAAUGAAAUCGAUUUUUUAACAUGCAUUUAAUUUACUGUGCAUCGACUACCUGUAUUUGGUCGAGAAUUAGAGAUAAGCAUUGUCGAUUUAUUUACGGUAGUUGCGUAUUUUAAAAAGAAUCAUUAUGGAAUUAUGUAUAAAGGUUUACUAAUCAUUCACUCUUUUGAUAGAUACUAUAGUAUAUGUGUAUAUCGGAACGUUUAUAUGGACUUCAUAUUUCACAAAGCUGACACAUAACAAAAGUAUACCGUAAUUUGCAUGUGUUUUUAAACUUCCACAAGGCCUUGUUUACUGUCAUAUUUUCAUGUACGUGGAGGGUAAGACAUAUGAAGUACCCUUUCUAGGUAAAAAGUUUUUGUAGAUAGAUGGUUUUAUCUGUGCCCUCGACAUGGCGAAUGACGUUUUAAUAAACUAUUUGCAAUAUCAAUACCCGCCAUCAUCAUAUAUUUCUGUAUACUCACUUUAUUACGAAAAGGCUAUUUCAAGUGUCAUUUUUAUUUAUUGUGAAUAAAGUUAUUUCAAAAGCCAUA